GUCCUUUCAAUUUGUCCCAAGGACAUGAGAGCAGAUAUUUGUGUGCAUCUCAAUCGGAAGGUUUUUAAUGAACAUCCAGCUUUUCGGCUAGCGAGUGAUGGCUGUCUGCGGGCACUUGCAGUGGAAUUUCAGACGAUCCAUUGUGCUCCUGGGGACCUCAUCUACCACGCUGGUGAAAGUGUAGAUGCCCUCUGCUUCGUUGUCUCAGGAUCGUUAGAAGUCAUACAGGACGAUGAGGUGGUGGCCAUCUUAGGUAAAGGUGAUGUUUUUGGGGACAUCUUCUGGAAAGAGACCACUCUGGCUCACGCAUGUGCCAACGUGCGGGCACUAACAUAUUGCGAUUUGCACAUUAUCAAGCGGGAAGCUUUGCUGAAAGUUCUGGACUUUUAUACAGCUUUUGCAAACUCUUUCUCAAGAAACCUCACUCUAACCUGCAAUCUGAGGAAACGGAUUAUUUUCCGAAAAAUCAGUGAUGUCAAGAAAGAAGAGGAGGAGCGUCUGCGACAAAAGAAUGAAGUGACGUUGAGCAUUCCUGUAGACCACCCUGUCAGGAAGCUCUUCCAGAAAUUCAAACAGCAGAAGGAAAUGCGAAACCAAGGGACAACAAUCAUUGAUCCUGAGAGGAAUACCCUCCAGGUGGAGACCCGAACCAUGCAGAAUGGUGCUGCCAUCACGGGCACAAGUGUGGUCACUGUAUCUCAGAUCACACCCAUCCAGACAUCAUUGUCCUAUGUGAAAACCAAUGAGGUGGUCAAACCAAACAACAGGGAUGCCACGGAGCUCAAGCCCAAUAGCAAUGGUGACCCCAAAUGUGUCAAAGUUACCAGCCCUGUGAGGAUGAAAAACGGCAACGGGAAAGGGUGGCUUCGAUUAAAGAAUAACAUGGCAGGCCAGGAAGAGAAAAAGGAAGAGUGGAAUAACGUCACUAAGGCAGAGUCCAUGGGGCUGUUGUCAGAGGACCCCAAGAGUGUUGACUCAGAAAAUGUAACAAAAAACCCACUGAGGAAAACAGACUCCUGUGACAGUGGGAUCACAAAAAGUGACCUUCGUUUGGACAAAGCUGGGGAGAACCGUAGCCCCCUAGAGCACAGCCCUAGUCAACCAGAUACAAAACACCCUUUUUACCCUAUCCCUGAACAAGCCUUACAAACUACACUCCAGGAGAUCAAACAUGAACUCAAGGAAGAUAUCCAGCUGAUAAGCAGCAGGAUGGCUGUCCUGGAGAAGCAGGUGGCAGACAUUUUAAAAAUCUUGUCUGAAAAGAACACAUUGCAGACACCAUCUUCAAAAUCCCAUUUAUCUCCUCAGCUCCCAUCCCAAAUACCUUGUCAGGACAUUUUUAGUGUCUCAAGGCCAGUAUCACCUGAAUCAGAAAAGGAUGAAAUUCACUUUUAA